AUGUCGCUAUACAACGACUCUGUUUGGGCAACAUGUCCAGCAGAUAUUCUGCAUUUUAACAUAUGGCCAGCUGUGAUCCAGCAUACCAUCGGUGAAGCGGCUUUCACUGAAAAGUCUGUAUUGGGAUGGCGAGACAAAAUUCUGUCUGCCGAGAAAUGGCUGGAUGUUAGUAAAGUCAGUGUGAGCUUGCGCCAUCGUUACAAUUUUGAGAGAGCUAUUCAAAAUAUCUGUGUCUAUAGAGAUAACCUCAUAGUCACUACUGACACUGCUGCAACAUAUUUUGAUAUAAACAAUUUUGAAGUUAUUAAAACACUUCAAUUUGAACCCCUGAAUCAGUAUUUUUUUGAGUUAGAAGAUAAUUGGGAGUUGGCAAGAAUUAAUAGAACACGUUUCGGAUGUGACACCGGAUACAGGCAAGCGCAUGAGGAGUAUAUGAGGCGUCGUCGUAGUCCAGAAGAACUUGAAACUGAUACUGAGUCAAUUUGA